GUUGUGUUUCUCUGCCAUUUCUCCCUGUGUUUCUCUGCGGCUCUCUCAGAGAAGGUUGAAUCGCUCUGAGGGAGGACAGCAAACCAAGAGAAGAGUCUGCAGCAGAAGAAUUUUUCAAAUGGAAUCCACCAACAGAAACGGUGUCGUUGCAUCCACUCAAGGUGGUCGUCUGCAGGAUGGAAUCUCACGGCAUUUGUCUCAAUGGAACGGCCUUCAAAUGGCCGUCCAAAACCAGUGGGGCGGCCGAGAUUCUCAUCAGAAGUCUCUUCAACUAGCCGCAGAUAUCUUCUCUUGGUUCUCAGAGUCCAAAGCACCACUUUGCGUGGAAGAUUUAGAAAAUUUGCUCCACGAAAGCAUGUUGCUUUCUUUCAACACGGAGAUAGAGGAUGGCAGCAUCGAACAGGUAGCAGAAGAAUUGAUGAUUAUGCAUGAAGACUGCCAGCAAGGAAACCACUGAUCACAGUAAGGAAAUCUAAAGUUCAUCCAACUUUUCCGGCAAAGGCUUAUAUAUCCUCAGUGCAGACAG